ACGAGAACGAGGGACCGCACCGCACGAGAACGAGGGACGACGCCUGCGCCGUCGUCGCCCUUGCCACGUCGCCCCCGAUCCCGCGCUGCUCUGGCGCGCCGCCGGCUGCCCCACGCACUGCCCUCGUCCAGCCUCGGCGCCCUGCCGACGCCGCGCUUCCAGGUGCAGUUUCACUUUACCCGGUGUCUUCCGCGAGCAAAUAUCUCCGCGGAGUAGAUCUGGAAUCAGGAUGGCGCUUCGCUGCUCCCUGCCCGCGCCCUGUUCGACAUUGUGCCUCGAAGGAGCGGAGCGCCCCAACUCGCACGCGCUCCCAGCACGCGUCGUCAGCUUUGGUUCUUGCCGGUGGUCGAGGCCGCAUGUGGGGCUCGUGCUCGGCGCACGCGCACGGGCGCUGCAGGCGAGCAGCUCCAAGACCGGCCAGCUGGUGAUUGGUGGCCGAGCGCGCAAGGACACCGACUCCGAUUCCGAGGAUGACGACGAUGACGGCGGCGAGAUUGGUCCAGUUCGCAUGACGGACCAAGAGCGGAAGACACUGCGGAGGAAGAUUCGGGAAAUGAUGGACCGGAUGCCCGAGACGCGGGAGCUGACGGACCCAGAGGAGAAGAAGGCCAAGAUGAGGGAGCUGAUGACCAAGUAUGAGCUGGUCGUCGAGGAGGAGGACCCGGACUGGCCUGAGGAUGCCGAGGAUGGAAUGGGCUUCGGCCUCGACCAGUUCUUUGACAAGAUCACCAUCAAGGCUGAGAAGAAGGAUGAUGCCGAUGACGAUGAUGCAGGGGAUGGCACCAAGGAGAUAGUUUGGGAGGAUGACAACUAUAUCAAGCCGAUCAUGGAUGUCAAGACGAAGGAGUGGGACGAUACCGUGUUCACUGACUUUGGUCCGUUGAUUGUGCUAGUACAUAAUCGAUACAAGAGACCACAGGAGAAUGAGAUGGCAAGGACUGAGCUCGUAAAGGCAAUCGAGACGUUUUGGGAACACGAUCUGCCUUCACCAAGAUGUGUCGCAGUUGAUGCCUGCGCCGAGCCAGACCUUGCGGACGCUCUGAAGGUGUCUGGUUUCCCUGAGUUACUCUUCACCGAUGCAGGGAGGAUACUACACCGAGAGAAAGUUGUUCGGUCGGCCGAGGUACUGUCAAGGAUGAUAGCGUUCUUCUACUACAAAGCGGCGCGGCCGCCUUGCUUGAGCGAAGCAGAUGGUCACGGGCAAGAAAAGGUCCCUCUGAUGUCAUGAGAACAACGUGAAGUGUAGUGUGUAGUAGCUAGGUGGUAUUAUACACCAGUGUAACUUUUGAGCGAUUAUCAGUAGAGUUACUGUUACAAAGAAACCUAAAUUAUCACAUUCCGAGCAGUUUUUAGUUCUGUUCGUCAUGCUGGAAAGUCAUAUCCUCUUUUUGUUACACUUGAAUAUACUGUAGGCACCCCCAAGAUUUAAGUUGUACCUACAAUUAGACUAAGAAAAUGCGUGCUGUAUGACAGGAUAAUCAUAUCCUUGGAUUCACAUUCAAAA